AUAGCUAAUCACCUCCAACGGAAAGCAGCUGAGAGAAAGGGUAGAGAAGACAAGAUGGCGGAGUGAGUGGGUUGUGCUUUGUACAGACGGGUGCGAGCCUUUAAGUUUACCGAAAACGCUCUUAAAGGACUGAAAAGAUUGAAAAAGCAACAAUACCAUCGGAAGUGUAAUUAAAAAGGCAGUUUCUGCCCCUCAGCACAGAGGAGGUCCGGACAGUUUUUUCCGCGGUGGUCUCUGCGACAGCGUUAGCUUGAUGCUAACUUUAUCCUACGUUGGAGUUCACUAGCUGCUACUUCGAAGUAGCUGGGUGCUUGUCGAAGGCCUUGAGCUUUUCGGAUUUAUUUUUGGACACACACAUAUAUAUAUGUAUAAAUAAGUAUAUAACUCGUCAUUCCGUUAGGAGGUUUUAAUUGAACGGAGAUCCACUUUAGUCGGUAACAUAUGAUUAAAACCAAUAACGCCUGAAGAAAUUGAAGUUAUUUUCCAACUUGCUUGUAGGGUUAGUUCGGUAAUAUUUUGGAGUAACAGCUAGCUGUUAAUCCAUAAUUAUCCUUAUCAACACCAACUGGACAUACAGCACUCUGAGUUCUGCUGACAAGAGGGUUGCCGUACAGAAUUUCCUUACGAGAAUCGGGUGGAGAUUGUCAUUUGGUGGACAUUAUGGCGAGCAGCAGUGGCUCCAAAGCCGAAUUCAUAGUCGGUGGAAAAUACAAGCUUGUCAGAAAAAUUGGAUCAGGAUCUUUCGGUGACAUAUACCUGGCCAUCAACAUCACAAAUGGAGAGGAGGUAGCUGUAAAAUUGGAAUCACAGAAAGCCAGACAUCCUCAGUUGUUAUACGAAAGCAAGCUGUACAAAAUCCUACAAGGCGGUGUCGGGAUCCCACAUAUCAGGUGGUAUGGCCAAGAGAAGGACUACAACGUCCUAGUCAUGGACCUGCUCGGACCCAGUCUGGAGGAUCUGUUUAACUUCUGCUCUCGCCGUUUCACUAUGAAGACGGUUCUUAUGCUAGCAGACCAGAUGAUCAGCAGGAUUGAAUAUGUACACACAAAGAACUUCAUCCACAGAGAUAUCAAACCAGACAACUUUCUCAUGGGCAUUGGCCGUCACUGUAAUAAGUGUUUAGACUCGUCAGUGGGGAAGAGGAAAAGAAGCUUGGCUGUUAGCUCUUCUCAGGACCCAUCUUUCUCAGGAUUAAACCAGUUGUUCCUUAUUGACUUUGGUUUGGCGAAGAAGUACCGAGACAACCGAACUCGACAGCACAUCCCCUACAGAGAAGACAAGAACCUGACAGGCACAGCACGCUAUGCCUCCAUCAAUGCACACCUGGGCAUUGAACAAAGUCGCCGUGAUGACAUGGAGUCGCUAGGCUAUGUGCUGAUGUACUUCAACAGAACCAGUCUACCAUGGCAGGGAUUGAAGGCUGCCACAAAGAAGCAGAAGUAUGAGAAGAUUUCGGAGAAGAAGAUGUCCACCCCCGUUGAGGUUCUCUGUAAGGGUUUCCCAGCAGAGUUUGCCAUGUAUCUGAACUACUGCCGUGGCUUGCGCUUUGAGGAGGCUCCAGACUACAUGUACCUGCGCCAGCUGUUCCGCAUCCUCUUCAGGACUCUGAACCACCAGUAUGACUACACAUUUGACUGGACCAUGCUGAAACAGAAAGCAGCCCAGCAGGGAGCCUCCUCCGGGGGCCAGGGCCAGCAGGCACAAACCCCCACAGGCAAGCAAACUGACAAACCCAAGCCUAACAUGAAAGGUUUCUGAGUGGUCUCUGCCCUGAGCAGAGCUACAGAAGCGUUGGUGACCAGGACCAACAAGUCUCUCUUCCUGGACAAGCGACAAACAGAAAGUCUGUGUCUCUCCUUCCAUAAUAACUAUCUAUGUAAUGGAAAUGUAUAGAUUUACACACUGUGCUGUGUUAUCUAUAUAUUCAUAUGUAUAUAUAAUAAAACUCUGCACUCCGAAAGAAAAAGAAUGAAAAAGCAGGUUUUUGGAUGUGGAGGCUGUAGCCCCCUGCCCCCAGACACACAUACAUCCCUGCCCUCAUCCAUCCCUGUCUCUGUCCUCCUCUCAGUGUUGACUUUUUUUUUUUUUUUUUUUAAACUGACGUUAAGACGAUAGUCAGCUGACCCUGUUUUAUUUCCUCUCCCUGUUGAAACAUCUCAAAGCAUCCCACCCCCUUCACUCCUUCAUUAUUUCACUCCCUCCUUUUACCAAACAAAUGUUAAAACAUGUAAACCUGAAAACUGUUCUCCCUUUUUUGUUUAUGAAAUAACUGAUGCAACCCUGGAUGUUAUUUACGAAAAAAUCAGAAAUGUUGGAUUUUUUGUUUUCUUUUUGUUUUCUUAUGGUGAUUAAGAGUUUGUCUGUUGGCAGUAUACGCAGCUCAUGCCAACAGUCGAUGGUAGAAUGAUUCUCUGGCUCUCUCCCUCUCUCUUUAGAGCUCUGAAUUAUUAUUAUUAUUAAAUCUGUUGUAAAACCUAUGGUCUUCUUCAAAAAUACAAAUAAAAACGUAACAUAA